UGAUUGAAUGCAGCCGCCUGCCGCAGCCGGAGUGGCUGCACAGGAGUGCACCCUGGCCGUGACAUUUAUUCGUCGUUUAUAAGUUAUCAACAUUUUUUUUGUAUGCCCUUUUUGUCGAAGAAAACUUUUUAAAGGGCAACACACUAAAUAUGCAAUAUUUUCCCCAAAAAAACAUUUCUAAGUGGAAUAUUUGACGUGGAGUGCCUUGAAAGACUCCCUGCAUCUCAGCGCGAGAGCAUCAGUCAGACACCGCCUGGACGACACGCCCGGACCCGAGCCGACGGACCGGACCGGACCAGACCGGAUCGAUGCAGGCUUCUUGCUGACUCUUGUCGUCGGUGGACGCUCAGUAAACAAGCAGUGGUUGCUCGCUAACCUUUUCCCGCGCCUGGCUUUUCUCGUCUGGACGCUUCCAACCCAGUCACAAAAUGGCGGACAUGACAGAUCUGCGACCCUCCUACGCCAUGUCUCCCGUCCUGGCGGGCUUCCUUGGAGCGGGCGUCCUGGUUCUGGUGGUGAUCGUGGUGAUCCUGCUGUGGUCCUUCUGCCAGCGUCGUUACCUGCACGCGUCGGGGCGCUACAAGCUGCACGGCGACCGCUACUGCGACGCUGAGGACCCGCCUUACAAGUUCAUCCACAUGCUGAAGGGCAUCAGCAUUUACCCAGAGUCCCUCAGCAGCAGCAAGAGGAUUGUGCGCAGCGCCAGGCGUACCGAGCGGGACGGAGAGCGAGGGUGCUCAUCGGCCGGCGGGAGGGGCCUGGUGCUGGUGGACGCGGAAAACAACAUCCUGGAUGUCCCGGGUCAGCUGCAGAUGAGUCACCUGGUGGCCCCCGCCGGAGCGGGCCACGCCCACGCAGAGCGAGCCUUACCCGUCCGCGCCGACUACUGCUGCCUGGACAGCAGCUCGGCCAGCAGCAGCAGCCAGACCAGCAGCAAGACCGCCUCGCCUUUCACCCCUGCCUCCUCCGAGCCCGAGCCAGAGGCCAGCCUGGGCGCCGUCAGCCUCACCGUGGACUACAACUUCCCCAAGAAGGCGCUAGUCGUCACCAUCGUCGGGGCCCGGGGCCUCCCCGCCAUGGAUGAGCAAGCCGGCAGCUCCGACCCGUAUGUGAAGAUGACCAUCCUGCCGGAGAAAAAGCACCGCGUCAAGACCCGCGUGCUGAGGAAGACUCUGGACCCGCUCUUCGAUGAGACCUUCACCUUCUACGGCGUGGCCUACAGCUCGCUGCCUGAGCUCACGCUGCACUUCCUGGUCCUCAGCUUCGACCGCUUCGCUCGCGACGAUGUCAUCGGGGAGGCGGUGGUGCCGCUGAAGGGUGUGGACCCGAGUACGGGCCGAGUCCACCUGAGCCAGCAAAUCACCAAAAGGAACAUGCAGUGCGAAAGCCGAGGCGAGCUGCAGGCGUCGUUGUCGUACCAGCCGGUGUCUCACCGUCUCAGCGUGGUGGUCCUGAAGGCUCGACACCUGCCCAAGAUGGACAUAGCCGGCCUGUCUGCCAACCCCUACGUGAAAGUCAACGUCUUCUACGGCCGCAAGCGCAUCGCUAAGAAGAAGACUCACGUGAAGAAGUGCACGCUGAACCCGGUCUUCAACGAGUCCUUCAUCUACGACAUCCCGCCCGAGCUGCUGCCAGAGAUCUCGGUGGAGUUCCUGGUGGUCGACUUCGACCGCACUGCCAAGAACGAAGUCCUCGGCCGCCUGGUGCUCGGCCUCCAAAGCCCCGCCCCUACCGGCUCCUCCCACUGGCGGGAAGUCUGCGAGAACCCGCGUCGGCAGAUCUCCAAAUGGCACACCCUGAGCGAGUACUGAAGACCACGCUGGGACUGGACCAGCGAAGACUCCUGGAACUAGACUAAUCCAAUGUACAGCACUCACACACACACACACACACACACACACACACACACACACACACACACACACACAAUGUGAUGCUAGUUAUUAAACACUACUAUUAUCGUCAACAUGUGCAUCUGCUAAGAAAAUGCUGAGCUUUUGAAAAAGAAAAACGACGUUUGUGACGUCUCGCCUCUUGUGUGUGUAAAGCUAAGUAUAAGACCCUCCCCCAUCCCCUCCCCCCGUGGUUGUCACGGAGACUGCAUGUGUUUGUGAAGAACUAAACAAACUAAGAAGCUUCCGUCAUGCUGUGGUGGUCUCAGAGGUGAGUUAGCGUACAGGUAACCCACGCGUGUGUGUUUUUUUGCAGCAUGAAUGUUUGAUUUGUUUUUUGUUGCUUUGUGUCGCUACCAAGAUCUUCCGGAGGCCCCCGUGUCCACUCCCCGCCCUCCUGUCAGUCGCCAGGGCGUGUUGAGCCUGGCUGUCCAUCAAAGCAACAAUGCUAUUAAGAAUGCUAAGCUAACCACAUGGUCACAGUCGGUGCGAGCGACCCACAUUGCAAGGUACCUCACGGCAAAGCUCUCGACCUCAUAUUAUGAAAUGGGACUUUAUUGUCAUUGCACUAGAAAAGGGCAACUGACUUUUUGACAAAUCCGCCCAAAAUCAGACGUACAGUUGCAGGGUCAACAGAACGGGAAGGCUGAUGGAUAGGAAAGUCCCAAACUAAACUCCUAUGAGAGGGGGGGUUGCUCAGUUUGAGACCAGAAAAAAACCUCAAGCAAAGCACAUGAACGUAUAGAAUUUGUAGCGUCUUUGCUGCGCUGUCCUCUGGGGGGAAGUCUCGUCACAAAGUCCUUACCAUGUCGUUCCAGCUAGGGAAAAAAAUCCAGUUUAAAAUGUUCACGUUCGAACGAGCGUCGCCCUUAAAUUCAUCAUAACUUCGCCUUGCAGAGCAGACAGCUUUUCCAAGAUGUUAUCCAGUUUGCAAUUUCGCCCAGAAACCACAAAAGUCUGAGUGCUUACAGCUCUGCUGGAUUCCGAAUUGGUCAAUACACCAGAGCAACGCUUACUCCAAUCAGCAGAUGUCCUGUUGUCAUGAUUCCAAAUAGGUAGAUGUCUUUAACAUCCCUGACUAGAAAGCCCCGUUUACACUGCACACCAAAUCUGAUUUUUUUUUUGCCCUCAAGUGACACCAAUUUUUCGCUAGUCUAAACGCUCCAAAGUGCUUCAGAUCUGAUCUUUUCGCUUCAGAUUCAGUCCACGUCAGGAGGUAGUCCAAAUCCAGUUGGAAACCAAUCUUUUCAAAUGUGACUUGGCGACUUUCACAUCGUCUUUGGGCGAGCUGCAUCAUUCGUGUGCACAGGCAAAGACACAGCCCGCCAGCCUAAGCGGCUACGUCAUCACAACAUCCGGUUUCUGGAAGCAAAGUAUUUUUUCGGCGGCCAAAUUGUAAAUAACGAAUGAUAGGCUAUAUUUAAUAUAAUAUAUACUUUAAUUUCAAUGAAAAAGCGAUUGUUGAAGGGCCGGAAUUGAUGUGUACGCUGUCUUGUAUUUGCUUACAUGUUACGUACAUUGCGUAAGUUGUUUACGUAAGGGAGUUGAAAAAUUAAGCUAACGUAGAUCCACGCUGAUGUCUGUGCCUCCAUUACUUAACAACCAUAAAAAGAUUAGAACCCUCCCAAAUUUUGUGGUAGUGACUUCUUUGUUCAUUUAUGAAAUCUGGUCAACUUCCUAUUAGAGAUGUCCGAUAAUAUCGGGCUGCCGAUAUUAUCGGCCGAUAAAUGCUUUAAAAUGUAAUAUGGGAAAUUAUCGGUAUCGGUUUCAAAAAGUAAAAUUUAUGACUUUUUAAAACGCCGCUGUGCGGAUUGGUACACGGACGUAGGGAGAAGUACAGAGCGCCAAUAAACCUUAAAGGCACUGCCUUUGCGUGCCGGCCCAAUCACAUAAUAUCUACGGCUAUUCACACACACAAGUGAAUGCAAGGCAUACUUGAUCAACAGUCAUACAGGUCACACUGAUAUGCGCCACACUGUGAACCCACACCAAACAAGAAUGACAAACACAUUUCGGGAGAACAUCCGCACCGUAACACAACAUAAACAAAACAGAACAAAUACCCAGAACCCCUUGCAGCACUAACUCUUCCGGGACGCUACAAUAUACCCCCCCCCCUCCCACACACACACACACUUCAACCCCGCCCCCCCAACCGAGCAUGUCAUGUUAAAAAAAAUAAUGCACUUUGUGACUUCAAUAACAAAUAUGGCAGUGCCAUGUUGGCAUUUUUUUCCAUAACUUGAGUUUAUUUAUUUUGGAAAACCUUGUUACAUUGUUUAAUGCAUCAAGCGGCGCAUCACAACAAAAUUAGCCAUAAUAAUGUGUCCAUUCCACGACUGUAUAUAUCGGUAUCGGUCGAUAUCGGAAUCGGUAAUUAAGAGUUGGACAAUAUCGGAAUAUCGGAUAUCGGCAAUAAAGCCAAUAUCGGACAUCUCUACUUCCUAUGUUUUAAAUUUUAGUCGAACUGCGCAUGCAAGUGACAUCGAGGCCACAUUAGGACCACACUGGGGGCACAUUGGGGCCGGUGCACGUUUAUACUACAGUCUGGUUUAUAUCACUUUUUAUUUGCAGUGUGAACAGUCAGCUGGGGAAAAAAAACAGAUUUCGAAAAAAUUUGAUUGGGGCCACCUUGGCCUGUGGUGUAAACGUAGUCAAAGAGUCGCAAGGCACACAACCCCCCACUUCUCCCAAAAGCCCAUGGUGUGUCUAGCAAGAACCGUUCCAUCAAGACAGGCAGGUUCCCCAGAACUCGGUCUUCUUGUCAAUUCCGUUGAGAGGCCGGUUGAUCAAUUCCAUUGUUUAGAUUUUGAAGAGCCGGGCAAAAAAAGGCUCCAAGACAAGCAAAGCAAACGCAGGAGAGACAGGGGAGAGGGUAGGAAAAGCAUCCGCCUUCGAUGAGAGCCAGAGAGUAGAUAUUUCUCUGUUUACAUCUUUCUGCCGUGAUGAUGAUGUCAUUGUUUAUUGUUAAGUCACAACAUCAGCCAACAUACUUUCUUGAUAUCCUGCCAGCUGGCGGUGCUGUUGUCCCCAGAAAAGUACACAUGGUGUCGAUCCGGUGCGCUUGUGAACACGUACACGUGUCCAACUUUGGUCUACCGGUUUUUAACAUCAACUUUUUUUACUUAAAUUCCAACAUUUUGCUCUUUAUUACCAUUUUUUUGUUGUAAUUAUAUUUUGAGGGCCCUUAAGUACCCGUGAGCUGCAAAUCGGAGAGCUGCAGUUUGGACAACCCUGCCACAAUGUAACGUUUUGAAAGUCAUGUGACCUGACCUUGCAUCGCUCGUAGCUAACAGGAAGUAGCCGACAUCCCAGUGUCCACCGGACAUACCCCUAAAGCUCCUCCCAUCAAUCUGUGGCGUGAACGAGGCGUCACGGAGACUGUAGAUUUUGUACAGACUUCCUGUUUGAUGAACGUUUCCCUGCUGUAGACCUGAAUGAUGCUAACCUUCCUUUGACGUGCAAAUAAAGAAGUUAGCCUGA